GAUCGUCGUGCACAGUUUUCUUGGCAGCAGCAGCUUCUGAAAUCACCGGGGAGAAAAGGUUCACAUGAGCGCGCCUCCGCUGAUCCGUGCGCCCAGUCCGCUCCCCUUUUCAGGGGGGAACAACAACAGCAACACCGGCACCGGAACCAGCGCCGGAACCGGCACCGGAGGAGGCGGCGGCGGCGGCGGGGGAGGAGGAGGAGGAGGAGGUGCUGGUGCUGGUGUGCUCUCCUUCCACAUCCAGAUCGGUCUGAGCCGGGAGCCGGUGCUGCUGGACGCCGCAGACCUGAGCCUGAGUCAGGUCCGGGAGGUGGCGUGUUCCAUCGUGGACCAGAAGUUACCCGAGUGCGGCUUCUAUGGUUUGUACGAGAAGAUCCUGCUGUUCCGUCAUGACCCGGCGUCAGAGAACGUGCUGCAGCUGCUGCGCUCUGCGUCUCAGAUCCAGGAGGGAGACCUGGUGGAGGCGGUCCUAUCAGCGUCAGCCACAGUGGAGGACUUCCAGAUCCGUCCACACUGUCUCUUUGUCCACUCGUACCGAGCGCCGACCUUCUGCGACCACUGUGGCGAGAUGUUGUGGGGCCUCGUGCGACAGGGACUCAAGUGUGAAGGCUGCGGUCUGAACUAUCACAAGCGCUGUGCCUUUAAGAUCCCAAAUAACUGCAGCGGCGUGAAGAGACGCCGACCGUCCAACGUGUCCCUGACUGGGGGACUGGUCAACAUAGGGCGCCCCCUGUCUGCAGAGCCAUCCCCGCCUCACUACACCGACGAUGCUUUACUGUCUCCAGUCAGUCCCAGCAUGGAGCAGAAGAACCAGUUGGAGUACUUCCCCGGCAGAGAACGUCGCUCCAGCUCCCAGUCGUACAUCGGCCGUCCCAUCGAACUGGACAAGAUCCUGCUGUCAAAGGUCAAGGUUCCUCACACCUUCCUCAUCCACUCGUACACUCGACCCACCGUCUGUCAGCACUGUAAGAAGCUGCUGAAAGGCCUGUUCAGACAAGGGCUGCAGUGUAAAGAUUGUAAAUUUAACUGUCAUAAACGAUGUGCUGCCAAAGUGCCCAACAACUGCCUGGGGGAGGUGUCAAGAAAUGGAGAGCUUCUCAGUCCGGGGGCGGAGUCUGACGUGGUCAUGGUGGAGGGUUGCCUGGACGACCACGACAUGGACAGAGGCGGCGGCCUGUCGGACGACAUGGACGAUGCGCUGACCUCAGAGGGCGGCCUGCUGCUGGAGGCGGGGCCAAGUGACCUCUGUGACCUGCACGACCCCGACCUGGACGAGUCCAACCGAGCCAUCAGUCCGUCCACCAGUAACAACAUCCCUCUGAUGAGAGUGGUGCAGUCGGUCAAACACACAAAGAGGAAGACGAGCAACGUGAUGAAGGAGGGCUGGAUGGUCCACUACACCAGCAAAGACACUCUGAGGAAGAGACAUUACUGGCGUCUGGACAGUAAAUGCAUCACGUUGUUUCAGAGCGACACAGGAAGUAAAUAUUACAAGGACAUCCCUCUGUCAGAGGUCCUGUCUCUUGAACCGGCCCAGAACGUCUCUCUUCUUCCUGAUGGAGCUAACCCUCACUGCUUUGAAAUCGCCACGGCGACGCUGGUUUACUACGUGGGAGAAAACCUGAGAGGCGACUCGACUGUGAGCGGCAGCAGCGUCCUGGUGGGGGGCGUGGGCCAGGAUGUGGCUCGGAUGUGGGAGAUGGCGAUUCAACACGCUCUGAUGCCGGCGGUUUCCACAGGAGUUUCCCACAGUUCACACCACAGUGGACACAAAGAAAUUUCCAUCAGCAUCUCUGUGUCCAACUGCCAUCAAGAGAAUGUGGACAUCAACUCUGUGUAUCAGAUCUUCCCUGACGAGGUUCUGGGCUCAGGACAGUUCGGUAUCGUCUACGGAGGUAAACACAGGAAGUCAGGCCGAGACGUCGCCAUCAAGAUCAUCGACAAACUCCGAUUCCCCACAAAACAAGAGAGUCAGCUGCGCAACGAGGUGGCCAUCCUGCAGAGUCUGCACCACCCGGGCGUGGUCAACCUGGACUGCAUGUUCGAGACGCCGGAGCGAGUGUUCGUCGUCAUGGAGAAGCUCCACGGAGACAUGCUGGAGAUGAUCCUGUCCAGUGAGAAAGGACGACUGCCCGAGAGGAUCACCAAGUUCCUGGUCACGCAGAUCCUGGUCGCUCUGCGUCACCUUCACUUUAAGAACAUCGUCCACUGUGACCUGAAACCCGAGAACGUUCUGCUCGCUUCUGCUGACUCUUUUCCACAGGUGAAACUCUGUGACUUUGGUUUCGCUCGGAUCAUCGGCGAGAAGUCGUUCAGGCGCUCGGUGGUGGGCACGCCGGCGUAUCUGGCUCCAGAGGUUCUGAGGAACAAAGGCUACAACCGCUCUCUGGACAUGUGGUCGGUCGGCGUCAUCAUCUACGUCAGUCUCAGCGGGACGUUUCCCUUCAACGAGGACGAAGACAUCAACGAUCAGAUCCAGAACGCGGCCUUCAUGUAUCCUCCUCACCCCUGGAAGAAGGUCUCAGUGGAAGCGAUCGACCUGAUCAACAACCUGCUGCAGGUGAAGAUGAGGAAGAGAUACAGUGUGGACAAGACACUCAGUCAUCCCUGGUUACAGGACUACCAGAUGUGGCUGGACCUGAGGAACCUGGAGACGCGCAUGAACGAGCGCUACAUCACACAUGAGAGCGACGACCUGCGCUGGCAUCACCACGCUCAGCUCAGCGGCCUCGACUACCCCAGCAGCCCCCGCGGCGGCAGACUCGGGUUAGAGCGGUACCAGGAACAGGAGGAGCUGGAGACGCUGAGCGAGAGGGUCAGUGAGCUGUGAGCUGUGAGCACCAGAGACACCAGGAACCAAGAGGAACCAAGAGGAACCAAGAGGAACCAAGAGGAACCAAGAGGAACCUGCUCCAAACACCAGAACCUGCUCCAAA